GGCCAAUGAAAGAACUGCACUAAAACUGAUUUUUAAAGAUUAAGGAAGUGUUGCAGAAAGAGGAACUACUGAAGUCUUUGUCCAGGGAAGGAAGCCAGAUUGUCCCUCUCGCAGCAGUGUCUGCACCAGCCGAGGACCUUGCAGCGCCCGCCCCGGCCUGCCGCUGCCCCCGGACGUCGGGGCCCUCGGAGGGGCGAGCAGCGCUGGAUGCAGACCUUCCCCGGAAAGAUGGGGCCGGUGCUGCUGUGCGCGCUGCUGCUGGGGCUGAGCCGGGCCGCCCCGUCCGGCGACGAGGUCGCCUACCUGCCGGGGCUCCCCAAGCAGCCCUCCUUCCGCCACUUCUCCGGCUACCUCUGCGUCGGGCCGGCCAAGCGCCUGCACUACUGGUUUGUAGAAGCCCAGAACAACCCGCAGAGCAGCCCUCUGGUGCUGUGGCUGAACGGGGGCCCUGGCUGCAGCUCCAUGGAGGGUUUCCUGAAGGAGCACGGCCCCUUCCUGAUCCAGCCAGACGGGGUCACUCUGAAGUACAACGACUACGCCUGGAACAAGAUCGCCAACUUGCUCUACCUGGAGUCCCCCGCCGGAGUUGGCUUCUCCUACUCUGAUGACAAGAAGUAUGCCACGAAUGACACUGAGGUUGCUCACAACAACUACCUGGCACUGAAGGAGUUUCUCCGUCUCUUCCCCGAGUACUCCAAGAAUGAACUCUUCCUCACGGGAGAGAGCUACGGGGGAAUCUACAUCCCCACGCUGGCGGAGUGGGUGAUGCAAGACCCCAGCCUCAACCUGAAGGGAAUCGCCGUGGGAAAUGGCCUCUCCUCCUACGAGAUUAACGACAACUCCCUGGUUUACUUCGCCUAUUACCAUGGCCUGCUGGGAACCCAGCUGUGGAAGGACCUGCAGGCCUUUUGCUGCUCCCAAGGGAAGUGCAACUUUCAUGACAGCUCCAACCUGAACUGUACGCUCAAGAUGGGGGAAAUGAUUCAGAUUGUGGAGGAGUCUGGCCUGAACAUCUACAACCUCUACGCCCCAUGCGCUGGUGGUGCCCCUGGAAACCUAAGGUUUGAGGGUGACUAUCUCAUCACUCACGACCUUGGCAACUCCUUCAUCCGGAUGCCGUUGAGGUUCUCCUGGCGGCAGAACCUGUUCCGGAUGCCAGUUGUCCGGAAGAAGGUCCGCAUGGACCCACCCUGCACCAACUCCACAGACCUCAGUACGUAUCUGAAUUCCCCGGAGGUGAGGAAGGCUCUUCACAUCUCUCCCGAUGCUCCGGAGUGGCAGGUGUGCAGCUUUGAUGUGAACCAUAACUACAAGCGCCUGUACACGCAGAUGAACGACCAGUACCUGAAGCUGCUUGGAGCCAUGAAAUACCGGAUCCUGGUGUACAACGGGGACGUUGACAUGGCCUGCAACUUCCUUGGGGAUGAGUGGUUUGUGGAUUCCCUGUGCCAGAAGGUGCAGGUGGCUCGUCGGCCCUGGCUCUACACUGAAGGAGGUGAGAACCAGAUUGGUGGCUUUGUGAAGGAAUUCACCAACAUCGCCUUCCUCACCAUCAAGGGAGCCGGCCACAUGGUGCCCAUGGACCAGCCGCUCGCUGCCUUCACCAUGUUCAGCCGCUUCAUUAAGAACGAGCCUUUCUAGGAGCGGGCAAGGCGGAGCUUGGCGACUGGCUGUCCCUCACGGACCUGGGCCGCCGCCUGCACAGCCAGUCCUCUCGCUGCUGUCCAGCUGCACCAGGACUCCCCUGUGCCGUGAAAUAAAUCACUCCCUCCUGCAGCUGGUGGGGAACAACUCCUCCAGCUCCUGGGGGCUCCGCUCAGCCUUGUAGGGCAGCAUCUGUGUGCCCAGGGCUCCUGGGGUGAACACACCGGAGGACUGGGCUUUCUGGGGUGGGGGGCGUGCAGGCUGUGGGGGAGGAGUCCCGAGGAGUCUGUCCUUGCCCUGUGAGAAAUCAUGCCCCUGCUGCACUCUCCUCCUCGCUGUGGUUUCCUGUCUCACCUCUUCCCUGUCGCUGGAGGCAAUUACUUCCCCCUGCGAUGGGAACAGUACCCACCGCUUCCCCCCUGCACAGCGGCCCCUGCACGCACAUAGCACAGGGCAGGCUGCGAAGCAACUGCUCUCGGUUGAGCAAGCGCUGUUCACCUCAUGGCUGCGGGCAGCUAGGCCCUGCUCCAGCAGGGGCUUUCUGCUCCCCCCAGAACUGUUCCCAUACCCGAUCUUGAUGAAGGAGGUUUAGAAUGAGGACAACACCUCUCUGCCCCACUCGGUGCCUGGAGCACGUAGCGCUCUUGGGAACUUGCAAUAAACUCUCUGAACAACA